UACACACCUAUCAUCAUGAUGUGCCGCUCGCUCAUCCCUCUCUGGGUAUCAUACUCCUUGUCCGCAUUUCCAGAGAGCGGUCUCUGCCAUACGGGUUUCUUAUUUUCAUCUUGGCACAGCGACUCGACAAGCGCGGGGCUGGAGGCAUCCUUGAAAGCAUCACGGUCUUUCGGCUCAGAUGUUGAUGUCCAUGAGGUGCUGCGUGAAAGGACUGGCGGCGACGCCAUGGGCGACAAACAGCUUUACAGCUGUCAAUGCGUCGAGAGCCGUACGCGUUGAUGAGAGAAAAGACAGAACCCGCGCCUCCACUCAAUGUGUGCCCAUGCGCCCUCCAUAAGUGAUCAGAUUCGGAACCCUAACCUUAGCGAAGCCCGCUUUACCCCACAAAGCAAAUGGGCGGCACUGUGCAGACUUUCUUCAUCCCCGCAUACUUCAUUUCGGAAACGACCAUGUUCCCAUUGGCGGACGCCUUUUCUUCAGCAUAUAUCCUCUAGCGGGGACAGCCAGCUCUCGAUUACCCACCAAUACUAAUCACUUGUAUAUAAGCGCACCGUUUCGAACCUUUUGGAAAACAUCGAGUAAGUCAUGUCGAGCUUCACCGAUGACCGUAUCGUACCGUCAGAAAUUCACUAACUAUAUGCGCCCGGUGUCCUUGGUAUCGCAGAUAGCUCGCAGCAAACUCUCUCAGCCUGGGCUCAGCCUUAGCCAAGCACCUCUUCCGACUAGUUUCCGAUCGCAUUGCCCUUUCCAACACUAGUGAUAGCAAACCCCAGACUACCCCACACAAGAGACAAGGAAUGAAAGAGGAAAAGAAGCGAGGCAAGUCCGAGGGCGGGCGUGGAACUUAUGUCAGACAAGCAUGCAAUCAUUGUCGCAGACGAAAGAGCAAGUGCGAUGGUCAGGAACCUGUCUGUGGCCCAUGCCGUGAUUCUGGGCGCGAGGCAGAGUGUACAUGGGGCAAGGAGACCGCAAAGAAGGCUCGCACGCAGCAGCAUUUCGAGUCUUUGAUGAACCACAUCAAGGGCUUAGAGCGAAGAGUCCAUGAAUUGGAGGGCGAGCUCCAACAUUAUCGUGACCCCUCUGCCCAACCGGAGGCGGGGCCUUCCGGCUUGACAUCCUCAUUAAGCGACAAAGCCAGUCCUCACGCAAAGUCUGAAUCCGACGAUGCGGAUGGCCAACUUGAUGAUCCUUCCUCGAGUUCCAACGAAGGCUCAGAUAUUGACAAGCUCAUAGCGCCUACUAGAAAUUUGGUGCUUGGAGAGCGCGAUCUUGAGUUGUAUGGUCCGACAUCAGCAUUCAGAUUAGCACCAGACCGACCUAGCGAAUGCUCAUGUCCCCGGGAAGAUUGUGUACACAAAUUGGAACAGUCCCCAGUGCCAGUAUCUCCAUACAUCGAUUGGACUCGACAUUUGCCUCCUGAAUGUCCACUCAUUCGCGACGAACAUGAUCGGCUACUUGACCUGUUCUUCAAGUUCUUUUCCUCCUGGUGUAUGCGGCUUAUCCCGGAAUACUUCCUUCGCGACAUGCGCCGAGCUCUCUCCCUUCCCGCCUCCCAACCAGCACUCCGCACAGCACAUUACUCACCCAUGUUGCACAACAGCAUCCUCGCAUUAGCAACAGCCUUCUCAGAUGACCCAAUGAAACGUGCGGUGUCAUUCCGAGCACAUUUUGCGCGUAAAGCGAAGAGUUACAUUGACCAUGAUUGUGAGAAACCGAGUAUAGCUUGUGUUUCAAGUUUGAGUUUGCUCGGGAGUUAUCAUGCGACCAAUGGAGAGCAGGGGUUAGGGUAUUUCUAUUUUGGCAUGAGCGGACGUAUGGCACAAGCAUUGGGGCUCGGCGUUGACCCUUCGCCGUGGGUCAAGUCAGGUCGUAUCAAACAAAGUGAUGCCAUCGAUCGCCACUGGGCAUACUGGGAAACUGUCACUCAGGAUGUAUGCUGGUCUCUGUAUGUCGGCCGAGACCGCUGCUUCAUCCACCAAAAAGGCGAAAACUCACGUUCUAUCCCGGUUCCCCUUGUUGGAUCCGAUAUUGAUCGAGCGCCAUGGCAUUGCGAACCUGCAAAAUUCCCAUUGCAGACGAGCAACGUUGCUAGUGUGUUUGCUGCAACUUGUGAACUGAUGCAUGUUGCGGAACGGGUACUGGCUUUUGUGAAUGGUCUGGGUAAUGUCCAACAGAGUCGCAUGCAGAUCGUCAGUGAACUGGACAUUGAGCUAAAUGCUUGGAAGGACAGUCUACCUCCGGAGAUCGACCUCACUGCGUCAACAAGACCAGUCGCACUACCUCACCGCCUGACACUACAUCUAGCAUAUUGGUGGAUGCUCAUUCUCCUUCAUCGACCAUUCUACAGACGGACCAAGUCCGAUAGCUCAGGAAUCGACAUCGAUCAUGUCAAAUUGGCGAAUCGAGCCGCGGAGAAUAUCAUGAUGAUAGCAACAAGCUGGCACAACAACUUCUCCUUACGUUUUUGCCCGCUUACCAUUGUCCAAAUCGUCUUCUCCGCCGGUACUGUCUUCGUCCUCAGUGCAAUUCAAGCUAUCUCAGGUCCUCGCCUCGGUCGCGUCACACUUCUUGCUUCCCUCCGUCAAAUCAAGCAAUGCAUGGAGUAUCUGGAUGAGAUUGGCGAAUCGUGGAUAUGUGCACAUACUAUCAAGAGUAUUCUUAUCAACCUUCUGGACAUACAACUCAAGCCUCGGUUGCAACUUCGCUCGGGAGAGACCGGAUUUAAGUCGCCUAUCGUCUCGCCGAGUACACCACAGGAGCAGUCACAGGAGCAUGACCAGCCUCGUCGUAUGCCCACUAUUCAUCCAAUCCUUCCCAACCACAGUCCUGGUUCUAACAAGGGUAGUCCGCCACCACCUCCACCCCCUUCCGCCGGCUCCACUAGCAAUAUGUACACAGCUUCGGUACAUGCUGGGGAGUGGCCGAUGAACAUGAUGGAUGCUGUUCGUGAUGCUAUGUCCACUAUGUCCAAUCCACCUCCAUCCAACUCAAUGAAUGCAACUCCUCCCUUGCAGCCGCCAACAAACCAACCCUACAACAAUUCUCAUAAUCAGCCUUUCUCGCAUAUGAACCAGAACCACCAAAACAGCAGCUUCAUCAACCCAGAUAAUGAUACUCUUAUGAACCUCAACAUGGGCUCUUCGAACAACAACAACAUGCGCGUCGACUCUCGAGGGCUAGGCAUGGAUCUUGGUAUCUCGCCGUUUUACGGUUCGUUCCAAAACCAAGGUGUACCCGUGUCGUACAUGCCUCUCGACUCACCGUUCCCUCCUAUGGAUCUCGACUCUCUUCCGUUCGUUGGGGGUACGAUGCCUAUGAUAGCUGGUCAAGAACCCACUUCUUCGGCUGCAGUUGACUUCAGUGAAGAGGAGUUGGCGAUUAUGGAGCAGUUGUAUCGACAACAGCAGAUGCAGCAGGCGAAUAAUAAUAUGAUGUUUGGAAGGUCGUAGAAGCUGUCGGGGAGAGAUUACAUGGUGGUAUAAUGGUUCUAAUGUGUCUGUCUGUGCAAUACUUGGAGGUCAUUUGUUUUUGUAUUUUACUUGUAAUUCCGUACUUUUGGGCUCUGAUGCUGUCGUUGCUUUCAAUCUAAUACUCUUAACUUGUCAAAAUAGACCCAUCUUGGGAGCUUGUAGUCACCUAUAGACAGUAUAGACGGUAUAGACGAAGGUUCAAAUUUCCUUAGUCAACAUAACUCUGUCUGACCUUGAUUUGACCAAG